CUUCUGCUGGGCCAUCUAAAAAACGUCUUCCGGUCAGAUCCGGAGGUCGCUUACGAGGCAUACCAAACGACCUAGUCUUCGCACAACUUGGUCCUGCAACGAUCACUAGCUAGGGCCCCAAGGAUCUCGUCAACCGACUCAUUUCCUCGAGAGCAGUUGGGUAUCCAGAUCUCGGGCCGCAGACCAGAAUAUCACCGGGACACGACCUCGUAACUUGAACACCACCUUACUCUUUACCCUAUCAUCAUGGGUUCCUGCUUCUCAUCCCCCGAGGCUCAGCCUUCCAAGCCAUCAACCUCUACUAGUAGUCCGUCGGCUGGACCAUCGGCCAACAACCGCACAACUGGUUCUGCCGUCCAGAUGAGCAAUGCAGCGGGGGCGACACCAGCUACUCAAACUAUCAUCACAAACAAGCCUGGACAAACAGCCAACGAACAGACCCGACCAGCCGUUCCGGCAGGGCCACUGGACGGUGAUGGGACACCCGAGACUGCGAAUCCCAUGUCCGACAACGACUUUACGUCGGCUCUCAAUGCUGCACCGGAACCGGCAUCUUCCGCCAAUACGAUGGGACAAUCAGCGGUGGCUGGGCCCGUAGCAGGCAAAGACGGUCAACCGGCUCGAGCACAGAGAGACAGAUCAUAUGCUAUCGACAAGUUGAUCGAGGAGGACAGCAAAAAGUUUAAGAAGGAAUGCAAGAUUCUCCUGCUGGGUUCGGGAGAGAGUGGAAAGUCGACCAUCGUCAAGCAGAUGAAGAUCAUUCAUCAGAACGGGUACUCGCGGGAAGAGUUGAUGAACUUCAGACAAGUAGUGUACAAGAACCUGGUCGACUCUGCCCAAGCCAUUAUCCUGGCAUGUCGAAAGCUCGGCGUCGAUCCGGAAGACCCCGCCAACCGGGUCAACGCCGACCUGAUCCUCGAAUUCCGCAUCGACUCUGAUCCGGGCAAAAACCUACCUUCCGAGAUCGCGCUUGCGAUUGAAAGCCUAUGGCAUGAUCCCAUCAUCCCUAGCGUCAUGGAUCGACAGAGCGAAUUCUACCUCAUGGACUCGGCAACCUACUUCUUCUCCCAUGUACGACGCAUUUCAUUACCGGAUUAUAUUCCCGACGAGGCGGAUGUACUACGAGCGCGUACCAAGACGACCGGUAUCUCUGAGACCAGGUUCAACAUGGGUCAGUUGAGCAUCCACAUGUUUGACGUCGGUGGGCAGAGGUCGGAGAGGAAGAAGUGGAUCCACUGUUUCGAGGCGGUCACCUCGAUCAUAUUCUGUGUGGCAUUGAGCGAGUAUGACCAGGUGCUACUGGAGGAGAGCGGACAGAACCGGAUGCAAGAAUCGCUAGUACUCUUUGAAUCGGUCAUCAACUCUCGGUGGUUCUUGCGCACAUCAGUCAUCCUGUUCCUCAACAAGAUAGAUGUAUUCAAGAUGAAGCUCGCAAAGACCCCUCUCGAGAAAUACUUCCCGGAAUACACCGGUGGUUCCGAUAUAAACAAAGCCGCAAAGUAUAUCCUCUGGCGCUUCACCCAGACGAACCGGGCACGACUGAGUGUGUACCCGCAUCUGACACAGGCGACUGAUACGUCCAACAUCCGACUGGUCUUCGCGGCCGUCAAGGAAACCAUCCUCCAGAACGCUCUACGUGACAGUGGAAUUUUAUAAUUGAUCACCUUUUCCCUCGCGUCCCCUUAUUGUCGGCACCUCACACCCCUUGCUCCAGCGCGUCGACAGGACUUGACGUCUGAGGCGUCGAAA